GUUCACAGGGUUUUCAAGAAAACCAGUGGAAACGGUGGACUGACCCUCUAUCUGGGAAAGAGAGAUUACAUAGACCAUGUGGACAAAGUUGACAGUGUUGACGGAGUUGUGAAGCUGGACCCAGCAGAAUUUCGAAACAGAAAAGUGUGGGUGCAGCUGUCGUGCGCCUUCCGUUACGGUCAUGAGGAUUUGGAUGUGAUUGGUCUGUCGUUCAGGAAGGACAUCUGGUUCCAGCAAAUCCAGCUCUACCCUGCCAGCCACAAGCCCACCCUGAGCCCCAUGCAUGAAACCCUGCUGAAGAAAGCUGGGGACAACGCACACCCUUUCUCUUUCACCAUUCCCAACAACCUGCCAUGUUCAGUGAGUCUUCAGCCUGGACCCGAUGACAAGGGCAAGGCUUGUGGUGUCGACUUUGAGGUCAAAACGUACCUCGCCAUGGAGGCUGACGACGCCGAUGAGAAGAUUGAAAAGAAGGACACUGCUCGCCUUAUCAUUCGUAAAAUCCAGUUUGCUCCCAAUAGGGUGGGCGCAGGGCCCAAGGCUGACAUCUGCAAGAGCUUCAUGAUGUCUGACAAGCCCGUUCAUCUAGAGGCCUCAUUGGAGAAAGAUCUCUUUUACCACGGUGAAGCCAUCCCUAUCAAAAUUAAAAUCAACAACGAGACCAGCAAAACGGUCAAGAAAAUCCGAAUCACUGUGGAUCAGGCCACAGAUAUUAUCCUCUACUCAGCAGACAAAUACACCAAGAGUGUCUGUGAGCAAGAGUUUGGAGAGACAGUAGAGGCCAAUGGGACUUUUGAGAAGACCGUGUCCAUCACCCCUGUGCUGUCUGACAACAAGGAAAAGCGAGGCCUGGCACUGGAUGGGAGGCUGAAAGAUGAGGAUACUAACCUGGCCUCCACCACCAUGCUCCAGCCCAACAUGGACAAGGACGUUCUGGGAAUCCUCGUCUCCUACAAGAUUAAGGUUAACCUCAUGGUGGCUGGAGGAGGUUUGCUAGGUGGCCUCACAGCCAGCGAUGUAACGGCGGAACUGCCACUGCUCCUCAUGCACCCCAAACCCAAAGGUAAAUUAUGUGUCCCGGAAUAG